CACAAUUUUCAGAGGCACAGCAGGCUUUGUUUACACAGCUAUCCGACUGCAGCCGGUUAGCCUGCUCUGCUGUGCUCUGCGCCAGCAAAUGCGUGUUCAGAGUUUGGAGGGAAGGAAUAGCCAGCUGUGAACCACAAGGGAGUGCUACCAAAAGUUUUUACUUUGCACAGAGGCCACAAGUGUGGUGAAAUUCUUCACUUAGAGGAGGUGAAACAAGAGAACAUUUUGUUCUUGAGUUUUGUUUGAAAUGAUUCUUUGAAAAAACCCUUCCACCGUUGCACUGCUGUAUUUUAAUUGGACAAGGUGGGACAUACAGUGGAAGAAGAAAAAAAACCGGCGGCAACAUUUUUAAGCUAGUGUUGUGCUUUACUGAGGCACAGCAUUGAGAGAAUCUAAAAGAGGAGGACAAACCAAGGCAUUUUGGAUAUACAAAACUUCUAUCUUCUGGAGAACCCUCUAAAGGAUUUGAUACAGUUUAGUGGGAAAGGUUGCCUCCGCUGUGCUAUGCAGGAGAACUCCCAUUCACUCUGUAUCUGAGAGGAAUAUUUAGGAGAGAGAUCCAAAAAAAAAAGGCCAUGGAAUUGGGCCACAGGGACAGAGAGCCCUGCUUGUCCCCAGCAGCGUUUGUUAAUCAGGUGCAAUACUCUAACAUUCUGGAGGGAAGGUUUAAACAGCUGCAAGAUGAGCGUGAAGCAGUACAGAAGAAGACCUUCACCAAAUGGGUAAACUCUCACUUAGGCCGAGUGACCUGUCGCAUUGGUGACUUGUACACCGACCUACGCGAUGGCCGCAUGCUCAUCCGCCUUCUGGAAGUGCUCUCAGGAGAACAGCUGCCAAAGCCCACUAAGGGCCGCAUGCGUAUCCACUGCCUGGAAAAUGUUGAUAAAGCCCUGCAGUUUCUCAAGGAGCAAAAGGUCCAUCUAGAAAACAUGGGCUCACAUGACAUUGUGGAUGGGAAUCACCGUCUUACCCUGGGUCUCAUCUGGACCAUCAUCCUUCGCUUCCAGAUCCAGGACAUCAGUGUGGAGACGGCGGACAACAAGGAGAAGAAAUCAGCCAAAGAUGCCCUACUGCUUUGGUGCCAAAUGAAAACUGCUGGAUACCCCAAUGUCAACAUCCACAACUUCACUACGAGCUGGAGAGAUGGUCUCGCGUUCAGUGCCAUCGUGCACAAACACAGACCUGACGUGAUUGAGUUUGACAACUUGAAGAGGUCCAAUGCUCACUACAAUCUCCAGAAUGCUUUCAAUGUGGCUGAGAAGGAACUGGGGCUUACCAAGCUGCUGGACCCAGAAGAUGUUAAUGUUGAUCAGCCUGAUGAAAAGUCCAUCAUUACCUAUGUGGCGACCUACUACCAUUACUUCUCCAAGAUGAAAGCCCUGGCAGUGGAGGGCAAACGAAUUGGCAAGGUACUGGACUAUGCUAUUGAGGCUGAUGAGCUGAUAGAGAAGUAUGAGACCCUCGCCUCAGAGCUGCUGCAGUGGAUCGAGCAGACCAUAGGGACGCUCAAUGACCGGCAGCUAGCUAACUCACUGAAUGCUGUGCAGAACCAGCUCCAGGCUUUCAACUCCUACCGGACUGUGGAGAAACCCCCCAAAUUUACAGAGAAAGGAAACUUGGAAGUUCUUCUCUUUACUAUCCAGAGCAAGAUGAGGGCAAACAAUCAGAAAGUCUACAUGCCAAGAGAGGGCAAACUCAUCUCAGACAUCAAUAAGGCAUGGGAGCGACUGGAAAAGGCAGAGCAUGAACGAGAGCUGGCACUGAGAAAUGAGUUGAUUCGCCAGGAGAAGCUGGAGAUGCUCGCUGCCCGUUUUGACCGCAAAGCAGCUAUGCGGGAAACGUGGCUAAGUGAGAACCAGAGGCUAGUGUCUCAGGACAACUUUGGAACUGACUUGGGAGCCGUGGAAGCUGCCACCCGUAAACACGAAGCAAUUGAGACAGACAUUGGGGCAUAUUGGGAGCGUGUGGCUGCUGUGGAGGCUGUUGCCAAAGAGCUGGAAGCAGAGAGGUACCAUGAUGUGCGGCGUGUAAUUGCGCGAAGGGAUAAUGUGCUUCGACUCUGGGAAUACCUGAAAGAGCUUCUGGCUGCACGCAGAGAGCGGCUGAACGCCCAUCGUGACCUACAGAGACUGUUUGAGGAGAUGCGCUACAUCAUGGACUGGAUGGCAGAGAUGAAGAGCCGUCUGCAGUCCCAGGACAGUGGCAAACAUUUGCAUGAUGUGUUAGACCUACUGCAGAAACACACUCUGGUAGAGGCUGACAUUUCAGCUCAGGCAGAGAGGAUCAAGGCAGUGCAGGGAGCCGCACAGCGCUUCACUUCCUAUGAACAGGCCUACAAACCAUGUGAGCCGGGACUAGUAAGUGAGAAGGUUGACCUGCUUGGUCAAGCCUAUGAGGAGCUUGGUCAACUUGCUGGGAAACGCAGAUUGCGCCUCGAGGACUCGCACCGCCUGUGGCAGUUUCUGUGGGAUGUGGGAGAGGAGGCAGCCUGGAUCAGGGAGCAGGAGCAGAUCCUGGCCAGUGGAGACUGUGGACGUGACCUCACUUCUGCCCUUCACCUGCUUAGCAAACAUGAGGCCUUCAGGGAUGAGAUGGCAGCCCGUUAUGGCCCCCUGAGUAACAGCAUUGCUGCUGGAGAAGCUUUGGUUCAGGAGGGUCACUUUGGAGCCCCAGAGGUCACCGAGAGGAUUGAAGACAUCCGUGCACAGUGGACACAUCUGGAGGAGACAACUAAGCUCAGAGAGCAGAGUCUUAAGGAAGCGGUGGCCCUGCACCAGUUUCAAACGGAUGCCAAUGACAUGGAGGCAUGGAUCAUGGAGACACUUAGACAGGUGUCCAGUCAGGAGGUGGGCCACGAUGAGUUCUCCACCCAAACACUCGCUCGCAAGCAGAGAGAGAUAGAAGAGGAGAUCCAGAGUCACCGCCCUGGCAUCGACUCACUGCAUGAGCAGGUCCAAGCACUGCCACAGGCCUAUAUACAUUUCCCUGAGGUGGAUGGUCGCCUACCUGCUAUUGAGCAGCGCUUUGAAGAACUGGAGUCUCUGUCAGCAGCUCGGCGCCAGGCUCUGGAAGGUGCCCUGGCCCUCUACCGCAUGUUCAGUGAAGCUGGUGCCUGCCAGCUCUGGGUGGAGGAAAAGGAGCAGUGGUUACAUGGCAUGGAGAUCCCUACCAAACUGGAGGACUUAGAGGUGGUGCAGCAGAGAUUCGAGACACUGGAACCUGAGAUGAACAACCUAGGCAUUCGUGUCACCGAUGUGAACCAGGUCGCCGAGCAGCUGCUGAGCUCCGACAACUGUAACAAAGCCCAAAUCCACCAGACACGAGACCAACUGCACAACAGAUGGAAGGAGUUCGAACAACUGGCUGGCCAAAAGAAAGUAGCUCUAGAGUCGGCCCUUAACAUCCAGAACUACCAUUUGGAGUGUAAUGAGAUCCAAACUUGGAUGAAGGAAAAGACCAAAGUGAUUGAAUCCACCCAGAGCCUGGGCAAUGACCUGGCUGGAGUGAUGGCACUGCAACGCAAACUCACUGGCAUGGAGAGGGACCUGGAGGCCAUUCAGGGCAAACUGGAUGACCUGAGAAACGAGGCUGAAAAGCUGGCCACGGAACAUCCGGAUCAGGCUGGAGAGAUCCAAGGACACCUGGCAGGGAUUCAAGAGGUGUGGGAGGAGUUGAACGCCACCAUGAAGCGGCGUGAGGAGUCAUUGGGCGAAGCCAGCAAGCUGCAGGGCUUCCUUAGGGAUCUGGAUGACUUCCAGUCCUGGCUGUCCCGUACCCAGACAGCCGUGGCCUCGGAGGACAUUCCCACCUCUCUGCCAGAGGCUGAGAGUUUGCUAGCCCAACAUGAGAGUAUCAAGAAUGAGGUGGAUAACUAUAAGGAGGACUACGAGAAGAUGCGGGCGGUUGGUGAGGAGGUGACCCAAGGUCAGACCGACGCCCAGCACAUGUUCUUGGCCCAAAGGCUCCAGGCACUUGACACUGGCUGGCAUGAGUUGCGUCGCAUGUGGGAGAACCGCCACAGUCUUUUGGCCCAAGCCUUUGACUACCAGACUUUCUUGAGAGACGCAAAGCAGGCAGAGGCUUUCCUCAACAGCCAGGAGUAUGUGCUGUCCCACACAGAGAUGCCCACCAGUCUUCAGGGAGCAGAGGAGGCCAUUAAAAAGCAUGAGGAUUUUCUCACCACCACAGAGGCCAGUGAGGAGAAGAUUACUGGUGUGGUUGAGGCUGGACGGCGCCUCAUUAAUGACUGUAAUGCAAACUCUGAUAAGAUCCAGGAAAAAGUUGAUUCCAUCCAGGAAAGGCAUGUUAAGAAUAAGGAGGCUGCAAAUGAAUUGCUGACAAAGCUUAAGGAUAACCGUGAACUGCAGCACUUCCUCCAAGAUGGACAGGAGCUCACAUUGUGGAUCAAUGAGAAGAUGUUGACAGCACAGGACAUGUCUUAUGAUGAGGCCAGAAAUCUUCACAGCAAGUGGCAGAAACAUCAGGCCUUCAUGGCAGAGCUGGCCUCCAACAAAGACUGGCUAGACAAAAUUGAUAAGGAGGGUCAGGCACUGGUGGCGGAGAAGCCGGAGCUGAAACCUGUUGUUCAGCAGACCCUGGAGGACCUACAGCGUCAGUGGGAGGAGCUGGAGGGCACCACCCGCACCAAGGCCCAGUGCUUGUUUGAUGCUAACCGGGCAGAGCUCUUUACACAGAGCUGCUCUGCUCUGGAUGUCUGGCUGAAAAACCUUGAGGGUCAGCUGUAUAGCGACGACUUUGGCAAAGAUUUAACUAGUGUCAACAUCCUGCUCAAAAAGCACCAGAUGCUUGAGCACCAAAUGGAGGUCAGAGAGAAGGAGGUGCAGUCCCUCCAGUCUCAGGCUCUGGCCCUGUCUCAGGAGGACGCUGGACUCGGGGAGGUAGAUGGUCAGCAAAGGCGAGUCACUGAUAACUUCUCCAACCUUCAGGAUCCUCUCGAACUGAGGAGACAGCGACUACUCGCCUCCAAAGAAGCACAUCAAUUCAACAGAGAUCUGGAGGAUGAAAUUCUAUGGGUGAAAGAGAGGAUGCCCCUGGCGGACUCCACAGACCAUGGAAAAGACCUGCCCACCGUACAGCUGCUAAUCAAGAAGAACCAGACAUUGCAGAAGGAGAUCCAGGGCCACCAGCCACGCAUCGAUGACAUCCAUAGACGAGGCAAGACUCAGAGCCAGGUAGAUGGUGAGAGACAGUCCGUCCUAGAGGAGCGCCUUGUUGAGCUGCAGGACCUCUGGGACCAGCUGAUAGCCGAGACAGACAAGCGCCAUGCCCGCCUAAUAGAGGCCAAUCGCGCCCAGCAGUUCUAUACUGAUGCAGCGGAGGCGGAGGCGUGGAUGGGAGAGCAAGAGUUACACAUGAUGUCAGAGGAAAAAGCCAAGGAUGAGCAAAGUGCACUAGUGAUGGUCAAGAAGCACCAGACCCUGGAACAGGCACUUGAAGACUACGCCCAAACCAUUCACCAACUCGCCAACAGCAGCCGUCUCAUGGUCACCAGUGAACACCCAGAGAGCGAGAGAAUCACCUUACGGCAAGCUCAAGUUGACAAACUGUAUGCGGGGUUGAAAGACCUCGCUGAGGAGCGUCGUGGGCGGCUUCAGGAGAGACUGCGGCUGACCCAGCUGAAGCGGGAGGUGGAUGACCUGGAACAGUGGAUUGCUGAGAGAGAGGUGGUUGCUGGCUCCCAUGAACUAGGACAGGACUAUGAACAUGUCACAAUGCUGAGAGACAAGUUCCGGGAGUUUGCUCGUGACACCAGCACCAUCGGCCAAGAGCGUGUAGAUGGUGUUAAUGGGCUGGCAGAUGACCUGAUUGAGUCAGGUCAUCCUGAGAACGCCAGUGUGGCUGAAUGGAAGGACGGGUUAAACGAGGCUUGGGCCGAUCUGCUGGAGCUGAUCGACACACGCACACAAAUGUUAGCAGCCUCCUAUGAGUUGCACCGCUUCCAUCAGGAUGCCAUGGAGGUGCUUGGACGUGUUAAGGAGAAGAGGGAGGGGCUGCCUUCUGACCUUGGCCGUGAUCUUAACACUGUUCAGCAUCUACACAGACAGCACAACACUUUUGAAAAUGACAUCCAGGCCCUUAGUGGACAGGUGAACCAGGUGCAAGAUGACGCAGCACGGCUGCAGAAGGCUUAUGCUGGGGAGAAAGCUGAUGACAUUAACAGGAGUGAACAUGCUGUGACUUCUGCCUGGGAGGGCCUGAUUGAGGCCGGUCAGGCCCGCAGGCUCCUCCUGCUGGACACUGUGGAGAAGUUCCGUUUCUUCAACAUGGUGCGGGACCUCAUGCUCUGGAUGGACGGUGUCAACCUGCAGAUAGAUGCACAUGACAGCCCCAGGGAUGUGUCUUCUGCAGGGCUGGUCAUUGCCAAUCAUCAGGACAUCAAGUCAGAGAUUGAGACCAGAGCAGACAGCUUUACUGCCUGUAUUGAGAUGGGAAAUACUCUUAUCAACAAUAAUCACUAUGCAGCUGAUGAGAUCCGGGAGAAACUGGCUCAACUUCAGGAAAAGAGAGAGAAGAUUAACAAAAAGUGGCAAGACAAGAUGGACCAUUUACAAAUUGUGCUGGAGGUGUUGCAGUUUGGACGCGAUGCCUAUGUGGCAGAGUCUUGGUUGGCAGGGCAAGAACCUCUGGUGCGAGCAGCAGAGCUGGGCUCAAAUGUGGAUGAGGUAGAGAGCCUAAUUAAGCGCCAUGAGGCCUUUGAGAAACUUGCUGCAGCCUGGGAAGACCGCUUUGUGCUGCUGGAGAAACUCACUACACUUGAGGAGCAUGAGAUGCAGAGGAGGAGAGAGGAAGAAGAGAGAGCACGGCGACCCCCUACACCACCCCCAGCAGAAGUAGCACAAUCUGAAGCAGAAAGUCAUGCGCAUGAUUCUGCAGCCAGAACCAGUCUGGACCAGACCACACUCAAUCAGUCGGUGUCAGUGAAUGGAGUUCACAGCGACAACGACACAUCACAGCAGUUAUUGUCGCUAUCGUUGUCAGUGGGAAAGAAAUCAGAGCCUAAACGUGUGUGUAAGCCAAAGCAGCCGGAGCGUGGCUCAGAGACUGAGUCUGUGAACGGACCAGGUAGAGACAGCGGGCUGGCAUCCUCUCGCCUGGAUCCUUCUGCCACGUUACCGAGCAGGGGUGGAGCGGAGUCUGAGGCAGAUACCAUGGAGGGGAUGCUCUGUCGAAAACAGGAGAUGGAGUCCCACAGCAAAAAGUCAGCUAGCAGGUCCUGGCAGAACGUGUACUGUGUCCUAAGAAAAGGAAGUCUCGGUUUCUAUAAAGACGGCAAGAGUGCUAGCAACGGCAUUCCAUACCACGGAGAGGUACCCAUCAGCCUCGGAGAGGCUGUGUGUGAGGUUGCAAACGACUAUAAGAAGAGGAAAUUUGUAUUCAAGCUCAGGCUAGGGGAUGGAAAAGAGUAUCUGUUCCAAGCAAAGGAUGAGGCGGAGAUGAGCUCCUGGAUCCGUUCCAUCAUCAGCUCCAUUCCAACAGGAUCAGGGGACUCACCCGUAGGUCCAAGGGCCCUCAGCCGUGCCAUGACGAUGCCUCCCAUCUCCCCCAGCUCAGGUGAUGCUGGAGGUGUAACAAUGCGCAACAAAGACGGGAAAGAGAAGGAUCGUGAGAAGAGGUUUAGCUUCUUUGGCAAGAAAAAAUAGACCACUUGUAAAAUUGAUGAAAACUACUAUUUGUCAAAAUUUCAACAACCUGAAGCAGGCUGAAAGCAAAGUACAAACAGGUCACACAAACACACUGCUCUCAGUGCAGGCCCCAAGGAAUUUGUGGACAGCUACUGUAUGUGGCUAACAGAGAACUUUUUUCUUUUUUAUCUGAUUCUCUCCCUCGCCAGUUUUAUCUGUCAUUUGCUUUUCACCCAAUUCAUAUUUCACAUUUAGCUGCACCCAACAGUGAAGCCCUCAUCCAAUUUCAGCCAACUGGCUGAGCUUAUGAAUCAGUAACAGGUGUGGUUGGCAUUAGCAGGGAUUCAGACCCAGUUCAGUUCCAAUCCACCAAAACGGCCGUCCCUCAGCAUGAAUAUUUUCUCUUCAGUAAGUCUUGACUAGCUGAGCCGUUUUGAUGCCGUGCCACUAAUAAAACAAUGGAUGGUGGCUUUCCACUGUUGUGCACAUUGCUUUUAUUACCCCACUUUAAAGCGCUCUCUCUUUGGGAAGGAUCACAUCAGUCUCUUUUUCUGUUCUUGGUAUUGAUGUUAUUAACCUGACCGAUAUUAUUGCUGUUAUUAUUAUUAUUAUUUAUCUUUUGCUAUCGCUGGUUUGAGAAAACAAACUAAUUAAUUUGCCAGUAGAUGAUCUUGAUUCAUGUUGUGGAGAGAAACACAUUUGGUUAAACUAGUGGAAAAUGUUGGGCUUGCCCUUGUAUGUAUUAUUUUGUUUUUUUUAGGAAUGACAGUUGAUGAGGUGUUUUGAGAAAAAAAUAAAGCUCAUUCAAUUUUAGCAGUGUGCAGUAAGUGAUCACAAGUUUCAUUGGAAAAAUGAUAUAUAUAUAUUUAAUAAGUGUUUUUUUUUUUUAAUUUUGUCUCUAAUUUUGCCUGUAUUGAUUAUUAUUAUUAUUUUUGAGUGAUCUUUUCUGCUUGAUUUUUGACUUUUUUUCUGUACAAAGCAGAGAAGAUUAGUUUUCUAGUGUGCGUGCGUGCGUGUGUGUGUGUGUGUGUGUGUGUGUGUGUGUGUGUGUGUGUGUGUGUGUGUGAGUGUGUGUGUGUGAGUUGUGGUGCUGUGGAUUUUGCACGUUUGUUAUUCCUGAUCAAACGUGGCCAAAUGAAUGCUGCUUUUUGACCCGCAGACGAAAAACAGACACAGACACAAAAUAAUUACUGGAAUGAUUUCAUAAAAUUAGCUUUUCUUUGCUUCUGGUUUUUACUAUAUGUUAGCUUACAUUACCAAUAUUUCUGUUUUAGUCUUCUAAUAUCUAUUUCUGUUCUCUCUCUCUCUAUCUACUGGUAUGAAGGCAUGGGGGCAGUUUGUAGAUAAAAAGCUGAAGCACAUUUUCUGUGGCAGAACGCAGGGAUGCGAGCAGGACAGAUGGACAGCUGACAGGUCUCAUUAGGUGAAGUGAGGGGUGUGGAAGUGAUAUUGGAUAGGCUGUGAAGAAUGUGUUUUAUGUGCUACCUGACAGAAAGAGGUGUACUGAGCCUUACUGUACUUGAACCCACUACAGAUACACUGAAUCCCUUUUUACAAACCCACCCUCCAUUCGAACAGUCUUAAAGGAAGCUUUCGUAGUACAACGAUAAGAAUGUUUAAAAUGUGCCCUGUGGCAAUGAUCUAAUGUAUGUCAGGAUAUUAUAUAUGCUGGUACAAUAUGAAUUACAGUUACCAUGGGACGCUCUGCUCACUAGCAUUAGCAGAGAGGGAAAAAUCCUAAAUUGUCUCUUAGACAAGCUUUGUGCUCUUGCAUAUGUGGCAUGAAUUCAUGUAGGUUUAUACUUGUAUGUGUGUCAUCAUUGCCAUCUAUUCUCCUGUGUUGAUGUACUCCUGAAAAACAUGAGAUCACUUCAUUAUCAGGGUUGAAGAGCAACUAAUUAUAUGUAAUUGGCAUUUGCAGUAAUCCAAAACAAGAGAAUGGCAAUCAAAUAUAGUUAAUGUAAAAAGUGUUAUUGGUUUCCUCAAAUAUGGUACAUGUUUGAAAUGAUAAGAAUUGUGAGACUGUAGGCAGUAGUGAAAUUGUAUUUAAAUGGUUUGUUAACUGUUAACUGUUAUUAUAAUCAGUCGAAGUUUUAAUUUGCCUUUUCUAACUGCCAAAAUGCAACAGGAAAUUAUUGGAUAACAAAUCUGAAUUUAAGGGUUUCAUGGAUUAUUUUAAGUAGGUUGCAAGUAAUCAAAUAUUUGUAAUGUAUUACACCUUGAAAGCAACUCUUUGAAGCUGGUAAUUGCCUGGAUGUGUAUACCAUGCCUUGGAGGGCUGAUUAGUCCAUAGGAAUGUCACACCAAACUAUUGUGAUAUAAACAGCUGGAAGUAAACUGGCUGCAGUUUAAACAGGUUGACCUUAUUUUCCAGUCCCAAAUGAAUGUGGAACCAGUGAUCUAUCGCUCAAAUCAAAUACCCUCCAAGCCAGAGAAAAGAAAUAUUUAAACAUCCACUUUGAGACAUUCAACAGUUGACAGUACCUGGUCCAAACUUUAUCAAACUGACUGCCUUGUCUCUGUCAGUGGGAUUUUGUAUCGUGUGUGUGUGUGUGUGUGUGUGUGUGUGUGUGUGUGUGUGUGUGUGAUGCAGCUCCUAGUUUAAGUAGUUUUAAACUAAGCUACGAUCUGGGAACCAAGUCAAGGUCAUUGCAUACGUAAGUGAGCCAACGCAGUUAGCGUACAUUGUGCACAAUUUCGAAUGGAGGAGUCAUUCUUCCCCAGCGGAUGAGCUGUUUUUAGUGACUAUUGCUACCUUUUCUCUGCUCUGGACAUCAGACACAGCAUCCAGUUGAUGUUAGGGACUUCAAGUUUAAAGGUUACAGUGUAUUUUCUUAUCAGCUCAUUUGAAUGUGAAUGACUCAAAUUAGUUUGGCCAAAUUGGUCAUGUGAAGCAAAAAUAUUUCUCCUACUUGACAUAGUGAACACAAGCUCUCUCUUUCACACACGCUCACACAUUAAUGCUGUACUGUGUAUUUAAUGCAGAAUGACCCUGGCAAUCCAGUUUUGUGGAAAUGUCCUCAGCUGGCUGUGAUUUGAUGUUGCAUAAUAUGGCAUCUCUGAAAUAUAGCAUAGUGCUACUGGUGAGCUUUGACCAGAACAUGGGAAGUAAUGUAUUGAUGAUGUCAAAGAGAUGGGUUUUUGGUUAUGAGAGUACUUGUAACAAUGGAGUACUUAAUGAAGAAAAACAACAACUUGUACUUGUUAAGUAUUAGAUAUGGUUGAAAACAGACUGGUGGCAAUUCAAGCUUCCUUUUUUUUUUUUUUAUUUGCUAUCUAGUGGGAGCUUGUAUUUUUUCAUCCAGUGGUCUGUCUUGCAGCAUUUGAUAAGCCUGUCCUCCUACCUUCAUUUAUCAUUACUUUUGACGAAUGUCUGUUCCUUCCUCUGUAAUUCAGAGUUGUUAAUACCACUACUAUUAUUAAUUGCUAUUAUUAUCAUUAUUGCUACUGUUGUUACUAUUACUACUGCUGUUACUAAUGCAACUUAUUGCAAAAGUUAUAACUGCUGUCCAUUUUCAGGUACGUGUCUGUAAUACCAGACCCUUCCACACGAUGUCAGUGUGCUGUGGAGCAUUUUCAUUACAAAUCGAAAAUAAUGUUUGUUGACUUGUGUAUCUACAUCUAAUAUUAGGAAUAAUAAAACAUGGUUUAAUCAAAAUCA